UUCCGUGUUUUUGCGAAAUCACAGGUUCUUGAACUUGAGUUGGACGUCGACUUUAGGUGACGUUGCCUUGACGGCAGCCAUGUUUGUCGACGUUGCACCCCUAGACAUAAAAGUGCCUGUCGUCCCCAACAAGUCACAGUCCUCUUAAAAAUUCCAAGUGGAAAGGUUAUAAUACCCCAUAGCAUCAAGAUGAAUAGUGUCAAGUGCUUUAAGUGCGGAAUUGCUGGACAUGUUUCACGAAAGUGUCCCUUCGCUGAGUGUGGAACAUCUACCAACUGCGGAAUCUGUUCGAGAUCUCGUCGAUUUCGACCUCGACCAACAGUAUCCGUCUCUGCAGUUGUCAAAAGAUGUUUUACUUGUGGUGAGCCCGGACAUCUCUCCCGUUCUUGCCCACUGCGUAUCAGCAUCCGUCCUGCAACCCGUCCUGCGCCUUCUUCGGGAUCUCCGUUGAAGACUAACCAGUCCAAGGGUUCAACUGGAAAACCAGCGCCCCGCUGCCGUGUUUGUCGCACCUUUGAGCACCACCCUCUGGACUGCUCUCCGGACCAAUCAAGUAGACCUGCCAGGAGAAGUGUGUGGGAUCGACUCGGACCGCUCGUUCCUCGACCAAAAUGCUCCGUCAAGAAACACCCAUAUUUAAAGCACUCGGUGGAUGCAUUCAUGUUUAAAUAUCUGUGUGACAGAUUUCCCUAUCGACCCGGAUACGUCAAUCUGGAGUUCAAAAAUAAAGUCAAGCAAUGGAGAAUCAGUAGAGGGAAGAACCUGAAUGCCCUUUGGGAUCUUCCGAUCCGUUCCGACAUUGAGAUAGAUGUCCAGGACGUCUUCAAUCUUCGUGGUCUCUUUCAAGAAUCUCCAACAGCUCAGCCAUGUCAUGUACCCCAAUUUCUGGAAGAUACUGGAACUAGAUGUGCUCGCUGUCAUUCCUACUGCUGGGACUAUCCGGAUUUCUUCUACCUGGGAAGAACCUGGCACACCCGAAACAGUCUCAGUGCUCCGAUUAUACCUUGGAAUUAA